GUGCUGUCUGCACCUUGUGCACCGGAACGGGACACUACCGAGGCCCAAGGACCAAGAUCCGGGCACUCUGGCGUCUGGCAGCUGUUGAGGGUUCCAACGCUGCAUGUGAGGGGUCGUGGUGCCCACACCGGGGAGCUCAGGAGGUAAAAGCACUGGGAAAGAAAAAGACGAAGCUGAAACCCACCCAGAUCACAGCAGCGACCCCACGCAGCACAAGAUCGAGUCGUAUUUCUAAUCCCAUGUCCAAUUGUGGUAUUUUACCUCGCUUGGCUCCCCUUUCAAAAAGUGCGAGUUGGUCACGACCUCCAACUUCAUUCCAUCCAACGACCCGCCAACCCUGCCGCCGACGCCAGUCCGAGACUUCCGGCUUCCCACAUACAAAACUCCCGGCUAGACCCCAAAACCACCUCCAACGACGAGGCAAAAAUGGCUUCCGCAUCUACCUUUUACGACUUUAAGCCCCUGAACAAGAAGGGCGAGGAGGCUCCUCUGUCUGAGUACAAGGGCAAAGUGGUCCUCGUGGUGAACACGGCGUCCGAGUGCGGCUUCACGCCGCAGUACGGCGGUCUAGAGACCGUGUACAAGAAGCUCAAGGAGACGCACGGCGACGACUUUGUCAUCCUCGGCUUCCCCUGCAACCAGUUCGGCGGCCAGGAGCCCGGCACCGACGAGGAGAUCCAGUCCUUCUGCCAGGUCAACUACGGCGUCAGCUUCCCCAUCAUGGGCAAGGUGGACGUCAACGGCGACAAUGCGAGCCCGCUGUGGAAGUGGCUCAAGGAGGAGCAGUCGGGCAUCAUGGGCAUCAAGUCGGUCAAGUGGAACUUUGAGAAGUUUCUCAUCGGCCGCGACGGGAAAGUCAAGCGCCGGUGGGCCAGCACCACCAAGCCCGAGGCUAUCGAGAAGGAUAUCGUCAAGGAGCUCGAGGUCAAGGCUUAGGCGAUCAAGGCUUCUUAGACGGAUGCUUUCGAGGGUGCUGGCCAUUCAGAUGUAUUAUCUCCUCCUUGUCUCGUGUGGGAACGCCAGAUAAAGCCAUCAACAUUAAUGACAUGAAUAACAAUACUAUUGCAAUUGCUAUCCAAGAUCCAAGGUGAUACAUAUCGGCCCAGAGUCCAGGGCGGCUAUAGAUAGCACGGUUAGCAAUGAUAAAUUCCGAGACGACGAGUUGCAAUGUGACCUGCCAACAUGAUGGCGUCCUCCCAAGAUUUGAACAGACUACGAACUAGCUGGC